GCCCUGCAGCCGCUGCCCGCCGCCGGCGGAGCUCGGACCGUUAGCCGGGGGACGGCGGGGGGCCAUGGCGGCGGCUGGAAAGUGAAACCAACGAAAAGCAAAAACGAAACUUCCCAGCUGAUUUUUAUUGCGCGGCGCGAAGCGAAUAAGCAGAAGGACGGUGGCACGUAGAGCGGGUGGGAGCGAGCGGUCCACCUUCCGACCGGUUGGUCGUUUGUUUAACCUAUCCGAGGCGAUUUACGGCCACCCUGAGUGUCGGGGUGCUUCCAGAACGGCUCGAGCCCUGAAAUCAUCCCUGGGAAACGCUCUUUGUACCGUUUACGUCUGUGUUUGGUCGGAUGUAUAACUGGCUGUAAAUUGCUUAAAUCAGCCUGAAGGCUUCAAAUCUCAGGCAUUGAGGGUCUGCUAGCUUUGGCCUUAGCAGGAGUAGAAGCUCUCCUUUCUGAGCUUCGAGCUUGUUUUGCUAUUAUGGCAAUAGGUAACUUUGUGUUCUGUGCAGCCCGGCUAUACAGAAACAUCGCUGUAGCCAUGAUGUGAAUCUGCAUGCAUGGAUGUGUGUAUAUUCCAUGCCCCAAAACAGCGUGAAUCACAGCAACUCGGCAGCCCUUCACAAUCAGCAAGUGCAAUCAACAGUAUUUUAUCCGUAGUCUUAAACAAUUGUAAAGUCCAAUCGCUUGGUGAGUGUAGAAGUAAUGAGCUUUGAUGUGAGGAGAAGGCUGUUGUGUGUAUGUGGAAGCUCUGCAGAGGUCAGCAUUGCAGGUUGGGUAGGGCUCCUCAUAGUUGGUGUUCCUACUGAACACAUGGCGCAGUGGGAGGGGUGCGGAUCAAGUCUGGGAAGAUGGCAUUGUGGUGUCGAUUUGCUCUGUGUAUGAAGAGUGCACACAAGUUGUAGAAUCAUUAAAGUUGGAAAAAAAAACACUCGAGUUGUCUAGUCCAGUCAUCAGCUCAUCCCCACCAUGCCCUCUAACCAUGUCCCUCAGUGCCGCAUCUACAUGUUUAUUAAGCUCCUACAGGGAUGGUGACUCCAUCACCUCCCUGGGCAGUCUGGGAAGUUAUUUUGACACGAGGUCUGAAUGUGGGACUUGUUUUGGCAAACUGCACCUGAAUGGUUUUCUUGCUGACUUUUUCAGGAGGGUGGGGGAAUUUACAUUCUGAAUCACUUACACAAGGGCUGUCAGGCACUGGCUUUGGCUGCUGAAACCUCAGUUGAAAGAGACAGUUCUGACCUCAGAAAGCCUGGGACUCAGCCGUGUGUUCAUUUGGUCAGGGUGGGAGCAGUCUGCUUUGAGCAGUCACAGACUCACUAUUCCAGGAGCUAACAGUAAAUGGAAUCAGAUGAGUGUCUCAGGGCUUUCAGAGCAGGUGGAGACCUUCUGAGGCUUCCUUCUGUUCUGUGACACAGUGUGUGUGUAAGAGUUCCUUGAAGUUCUGGUCAUUACACACAGUGCUGAAGUUAUCUGAUUUCGUCUUGGUGGCAUUUUGACCUUUUUCAAACUGUGAGUUUCCGCUGCUUUGUGAACGUAAAGGCUUUUGAUUUUCAUAGGUAAUAAUGUAAUGGAACUGCAGAAACUCGAAUUAUGAAUCAGACCAAUAACUCAUCUGCUUUGGGCUGUGAGUUCCGUGGAUCUUGGGAUGCUUUUGUUUGUGAUUCUUUGCCUUGUGGCCAUUUAAUUUAGCUUGAAUUUGGAUCUACGUCAGUGUUAGGAUGAUGAUUGUUCUGGCUCAAGAUACCUAAUGGAGAUCCUUCCUAAUUGUUAUUGCAACUUUAACUACUUAACUGAACGUGCUACUGCAGCUUUCUGUCAUAGCACUUACUGGGAAGCCAAAGCCUUCAAGCCUGACUGCAGGAAAGGUACCAUUUUUCAGCAUGGUCAAUACUUUUCCCUAAGUGGUUAUACCUUCUCAGUGCUUUUAUGCAUCUCGCUAUUUUAACUUGCUGGCAGGUAAUUUCUGAAAUAGCUUGUGCCAGAUAUUAGAAAAGACAGCUUUUAUGAAGCUGCAGGCCUGCUUCCUAGACAGUAUUGUUGUCUGCAGCCAUCGGUGUGCAUUGUCCCUGCCUUGUGGAACCUGAGGAAUUGGAGUCUGCCCUCCAGCAUCCAGCAGCUCUGGACCUUUUUUUUGACCUCCAGCUUCCAACUGUGAAGGGAUUUCUUGUUCAAUCUCUGCUAAAGUGUCUACAGCAGUACAUGAGCUUCUGUAAUAUGAUGUCAAGAGAACUGCUUCUCAGCUGUGACAAUCCACAAAACUGAACUGAUGCACUCUGUGAUUUUUGAGGAGAAAAAAAAACACAGCCCAAAACAACCAACAAACAGGAAAACAACCCUACUGAUCGAUGCCUGGGAAGUACUGUCUGUGGGGCAAGUGACAAGGUCCUAAAGGAUUUGUGCUGUGACAGCUGUGAAUAGCAGCAUGAUUCAGGUGAUCUUGUGAGUUUGUGUACCGUCGAUGAUGGCAGAGCACCCACCAUUACUGGAUACCAGUUCGAUUAUAAGUAGCGAAAUCCCUCUUCUAACUUCCCCUAUUGUUAGCGGGGAUGGAGCACAACAGGUUAUUCUUGUGCAAGUUAAUCCAGGGGAAGCAUUUACAAUAAGAAGAGAAGAUGGACAAUUUCAGUGCAUUACAGGUCCUGCUCAGGUUCCAAUGAUGUCCCCAAAUGGUUCAGUGCCUACUAUUUAUGUGCCUCCUGGAUAUGCCCCACAGGUUAUUGAGGAUAACGGCGUUCGAAGGGUUGUGGUGGUUCCCCAGGCUCCAGAAUUUCAUCCUGGUGGUCACGCAGUGAUACACAGGCCUCCUCAUCCUCCACUGCCUGGCUUCCUUCCUCUCCCAGCCAUGAUCCCCCCUCCACCGCGUCAUAUCUACUCACCAGUGACCGGGGCCGGUGACAUGGCGACGCAGUACAUUCCACAGUAUCACACGUCCCAAAUGUAUGGGGAUUUGGAUACCCUGCCUGCACAUGGAAGAGCCAACUUUAGAGAUGAAAGGUCUAGUAAAACAUAUGAAAGGUUACAAAAAAAAUUAAAAGAUCGGCAUGGAACUCAGAAGGAUAAAUUAAACAGUCCUCCAUCAUCUCCUCAGAAAUGUCCUUCUCCUACAAGUGAACCUAAUGGACUUACAAAAGGACAGGACACAGCUGGUAUAAGCACAGGUUCUACCAAAAGCAAGUCAGUGGGUAAAGGAAAAAGCAAUUCUCAGACAGACGUAGAAAUAGAAGAAAAGGAUGAAGAAACAAAAGCACUUGAAGCACUUCUUUCUAAUAUAGCCAAGCCAGUGGUGUCAGACAUUCAGGCAAGAACAGCACUGCUUAUGUGGUCACCUCCAUCCACUGAUGUCGGAGAAGACACCGACAAGAGCAACAUACCAGGGGUUUAUACUUACGAAGUGAUGAUUUCAAAUACCGGGAAAGAUGGAAAAUACAAAACUGUAUAUAUUGGAGAAGAAAAUAAAGUUACUGUAAAUGAUCUCAGGCCAGCAACUGAUUACCAUGCAAAAGUCCAAGUGGAAUGCAACUGUGUAAAGGGGAGUCCUUCAGAAGUAGAGAGUUUCACCACAAUGAGUUGUGAACCUGAUGCUCCAAAUCUGCCCAGGAUAACUAAUCGGACCAAAAAUUCUCUUACUUUGCAGUGGAAGGCAUCUUGUGAUAAUGGUUCUAAAAUCCACAGUUACCUUUUAGAAUGGGAUGAAGGAAAAGGAAAUGGAGAGUUUUGCCAGUGUUAUUAUGGCCAACAGAAGCAGUAUAGGAUUACUAAACUAUCACCAGCAAUGGGGUACACCUUUAGGCUAGCAGCCAAAAAUGACAUGGGGAUGAGUGGUUUUAGUGAAGAAGUCCUGUAUCAUACCUCAGGCACUGCCCCAACUACACCAGCAAGUCCUUUGCUGAUUAAUGCUGGAGUUACUUGGUUAUCCCUACAGUGGACAAAACCCUCAGGAACACCGUCAGAUGAAGGAAUUUCGUAUAUACUAGAGAUGGAGGAUGAGAACUCAGGAUAUGGUUUCAAGCCAAAAUAUGAUGGCGACGAUCUUACCUACACAGUGAAGAAUUUGAGGCGUAGUACAAAAUACAAGUUUAGGGUCAUUGCCUAUAAUUCAGAAGGGAAAAGCAGUCCAAGUGAGACAGUAGACUAUACGACUUGCCCAGACAAACCUGGAGCACCUUCAAAACCCUCAGUGAAGGGAAAAAUCCACGCACAGAGUUUUAAAAUAAUCUGGGAUCCACCAAAAGACAAUGGAGGAGCAGCAAUAAAUACAUACGUUGUGGAAAUCUCUGAAGGCUCUAAUGGAAACAAGUGGGACACAAUAUACAGCGGAGCUGCCAGGGAGCAUUUGUGUGAUCGACUAAAUCCUGGUUGUUCCUAUCGCUUACGUGUGUAUUGCAUUGGGGAAGGAGGACAGAGCAUGGCAUCUGAUUCUUUACUGGUGCAGACACCAGCAGUGGUUCCUGGUCCAUGCCAACCUCCACGACUACAGGGUAGACCAAGAGCAAGAGAAAUUCAGCUGCGCUGGGGACCACCUCAGGUAGAUGGCGGCUCACCCAUUACCUGUUACGGUCUGGAAAUGUUUCAGACAGAAACUGAUGAACACAGAGAGGUUUACCAAGGCUCUGAUGUUGAAUGCACAGUAGGCAGCCUUCUUCCAGGGAGGAUGUACAACUUCAGACUGCGAGCAGCUAACAAGGCUGGGUUUGGACCUUACUCGGAAAAAUGUGAAAUUACUACAGCACCUGGACCACCAGAUCAGUGCAAGCCCCCCCAAGUGACGUGCAGAUCUGCUGCAUGUGCCCAGGUGUCCUGGGAGGUUCCAGUGAGUAAUGGAGCUGAUGUCACGGAAUACCGACUGGAAUGGGGUGGUAUGGAAGGAUGCAUGCAGAUCUCUUACUGUGGGCCUGGCCUCAACUGUGAAAUGAAAGGACUUUUGCCUGCCACUAUAUACUAUUGCAGGGUUCAGGCAGUGAACGUUGCGGGUGCAGGCCCUUUCAGUGAAGUAGUGGCAUGUAUGACUCCAGCCUCUGUGCCUGCAGUUGUGACUUGUCUUCGGGGACUAAGUGAAGAUGAAGUGGAAAGUCCACACUAUUACCCUUCCACAUGCCUUGCUCUGAGUUGGGAAAAACCUUGUGACCAUGGGUCUGAGAUCACUGGCUACAGCAUAGACUUUGGAGAUAAGCAGCCAAUAACUGUUGGGAAGGUUCUGAGCUAUUUUAUAGAUGGCUUACAGCCAGAUACAACCUACAGAAUACGAAUUCAAGCCCUUAACAGCCUUGGAGCAGGACCUUUCAGCCACACCAUAAAACUGAAAACAAAGCCUCUACCCCCAGAUCCACCUCGCCUGGAGUGUGUUGCAUACAGUUCUCAGACUCUCAAGCUGAAGUGGGGAGAGGGAACUGCAAAAGCGUUAACUGACUCCAUUCAGUACCACCUUCAAAUGGAGGAUAAGAAUGGAAGGUUUGUAUCCUUAUACAGAGGACCAUGUCACACAUACAAAGUACAAAGACUCAGUGAGUCAACAUCGUACAAAUUUUGUAUUCAGGCAUGUAAUGAAGCUGGUGAAGGUCCCCUUUCUCAAGAAUAUGUUUUCACUACUCCCAAGUCUGUUCCAGCUGCCUUGAAAGCACCAAGGAUAGAGAGAAUAAACGAUCACACCUGUGAAAUCACGUGGGAGGUUCUGCAGCCCAUGAAGGGCGAUCCAGUUAUUUACUGCCUUCAGGUCAUGGUGGGAAAAGACUCUGAAUUCAAACAGAUUUAUAAGGGUCCGGACUGGUCAUUCCGAUACACAGGUCUCCAGCUGAACUGUGAAUACCGUUUUCGUGCAUGUGCCAUUCGCCAGUGCCAAGAGACGUCGGGUCACCAGGACCUGAUAGGCCCCUACAGCUCACCAGUGCUAUUCAUCUCUCAGAGGACUGAACCACCAACAAGCACCAACAAGGACACUGUGCAAACCACAAGGACACAAUGGUCACAGAGCGACCAAGUGUGUGCUGCUGUCAUUCUUGCACUUUUUGCUAUCUUUUCCAUUCUGAUUGCUGUUAUCAUUCAGUACUUUGUAAUAAAGUGAAGAAAACAGAUUUAUUUUAGAAUGCUGCCCAUUACAUUUUACUUUCUCAUAAUCUAAAAAAAAAUUCUGUUCUCUUGCUUUUACAAAAACAGGCAUUUAGCACCGGCAUUGGGACUGAUGCAAACCCUUUCAGCCACUUUAAAAUGCUUACUGGUAGGUGUAGGCUGACACACGUUAUUAGAAUGCAAGCCACAGAAUUACAAUCUUUUUUUAAUAUGCCAUCUUGCAGUACAAACUUCAUAUGGGGCAGGCAGUGUUUAACGCGAAGGGUUUGACCAGUAAACACGAGUGUAGAAAUGGUUUCCUGGCCCACACUUUUAAGGGUUACUACCAUAACAGGGAAGAAUGAGUAGAACGCAUUUAAAACUUACUCUUAACAAACUUGUGCUGUAUACAAUAUUAAUCUGAUGCUGUGAAAGCAAUUUAGCGCUGUAUUUCUACCUCCUCAUUUGUCUUAAAUAUUUGGAAGGCAGGAUUUAUGAUGAAAAACGGAAGGGGCUUUUCUCAGGCAGCAAAUAAUAAACUGGAUGGAAGACUGUGCACGAAGGAAGCUUCUUACCCAGUAAAUGUGGAGUUCUUCACUGCAAGUAGAUGUCUUGGAAAGACUGCGAGGGGAUGGCACAAGUGGUUUAUCUUCCCCCCAGGAUUUGAUGUUUCCUCAUAAAAAUGCCUCUUCUUACGAACCUAGAAGGGAGAGCGAGAGAGAACUUUGUAGGUGUGUUGCUUAAAUUGCAAACUCGUCCUGAAGUUGGCCUUUUGAUCGGAUGCAGUUCAUACAGGUGUCUGUGCCCUCCGGUUUGGCCAGUUUGUAGAUCUUGGAGAUAAAAUUCGUUUCUGAAUCUUUGCUGUUACCCCGACAUUCACUUGCCAUACCCACCAGAAUCCAGCACUGCCUUUCGUUCGCUUUUCCUUUUCUUUCUUCCUUUGGGGCACCAAAUCAGAAGACGAAGUGUAGUAAUUUGCACCAGAAAACUUAAAGCUGCUUUUUUUUUCCUCGAGAUCCUAAUGUUUAAUGUAAUGUCUCUUUUUGGAUACUGUACCAAAUCGUUAAUUGCAUGUAGUUAAUGUCGCAUUAGAGCACUUUGCAGUUGCAUAACCCAUCAAUGUUUUGUGAGCUUGCGUUCGUGAGUUCUUGGGUGACCAGACUGACUUCUCUCAAGUAUCCCAUGGAACAUCUCGCUGGAUGUCGAUGAUUGCCAGUGACACAGAGCUUGUAGUGAACCUAUCUUUGAAAACUCUUGUCUCAUCACACUUACGCUCUUUGUCACACACUUUGUAACGAGCUACUUUUAAUUUAUUUGAGUUACAAGGUAGUGGAUCAUUAACGGCUCCUAGCUGCGUUCAGUUGAGCAUUUUUAACGGUAUUAAACACUUCUGUCGGUCUUAAUGAUAAUAAAAAAGGAACCUCUGUCUCGUGCUUUGAAGAUCUCUGAAGAAUUUCUCGUACCUUAGAGCGGGCAUGUAUCGUACUUGUUUAUACGUCCAAUGAGCUGUGCUGUACAAAACUGUUGCUGCGUUUCGUUUUAAAGACAAAAAAGAAAAAAAAAGAAAAAAAAAAAAAAAAAAAAGCAAUGGCGAAGAGCUUGGCCUCCAAGCGAGCGGAACGAUCUGUCUUGGAGAUGUACUGUAUGUUUACAUUCUAUUUCCAACCUGUCAUUUUGACCUCCAGGCCGAUUCCUCCCCCGACCCCGGUGACAACAGGUGUUUUCUAAGAGCCCUCCCCCCGGUGCCACGUUUGGCAGCGCGCGCGCGGUUGAGUGGAACAGCCCAGAGAUUUCUUACGGUCGAAUGUCUCAAAUGGUAAAGAUUUGUUACUACAGUGAAGCUGCGGUGACUUCUGUUUUUCAUAGUAAAAUCCAAAUGAGCUCCUAUUUUUGAUAGUCAUUUAAUAGUGUAUUUGCCAUUUGAGCCUCAGUGCGUAUGACUGCAUUGAAGACGGUUUUUAAUGUAAUCUUAAUUUUACCUCAUAUACUGUACAUUCCGAAAAAGAAAAAAAAAAGAAAAAAAGAGAAAAAAAAAACCUAAAACUUUUUAAAACGUUAUAGUUACACUACCAAACAUAUCACUUUGCAACUGUACAACGUCGGACUUCAUGGAGAUGAAACCUGUAUAGUCUCAUAGAAAAUGCAUAAACGAUGUAGCAAAGUAUCUUUAAAAUCUGUGGACAAUAAAAGUAUCCUUCUUUUUCGUC